AUGAAUUUAGAACAAGUUAAUUUAUUUAAAAAAAUAUUUUGUUUUGAUCGAUCAUGGACAUGGAGUGAUAUCAAAAAUGGAAUGUAUCCUACUUCUCAUAGAUCUGUUAAAGCUUUAAUUUACGGAGCUUAUAGAUUUACUCGAACAAACUAUUUACAAUCAAAUACAACAAUAGCUUUAGAAAUUACAGGAUUAAAUAACAUGGAACCCAACUUUUGCUUCUAUUCGGGUACUUCAACAUUACAUACACAACUUCGAACUGAUGUUGAUGAUGAUAAAAAUUGGAUAAGUAGUGGUAAGCUUAUUCGUAUUUUGGCUUCUUCCGAUUUUCAAGAAUAUCCCCGUACGUAUUUUGUUAUUUCUAAUGUUCAAUUGCCAUCUUAUUUGCUGAUAUUGGGUUCCAAAUGGUUACAUAUUUAUUAUAAUGAUGAUGAAGUUAAAUCUGAUAAAUUUUGUUGUCAAUUUAUUCAUGAUUUGGCACAAUACUGUCGUGAAAUUGGUCAGCAAGUUCUACAAGAGUAA